UUGCUCCUCCAAGUCCCAGACGCCUUUGCUGACAACCGGAAGCUUGAGAGAGAGAGAGAGAGAGAGGAGGACGUAAGAUGGAUUUCAUCCCGCUCAAAGAGGAGGCACCCAAAUUGGAAGCCCCCGUCGCUACGGGUGACACCGAAUUCGAACUCUUGACUGUUAAACCGGAAGACACCAACAAGAUCGAGGUCAUGAUAAGCGAAGAAACCAACCUCUCUGUCACCUCCCACCACUGCCCCGAAUGUGGGCGGGCCUUAACUCACUCCGGGCACCUCAAAACACACCAGCGCACUCACACUGGAGAGAAACCCUAUCAGUGCAGCGAAUGUGGGAAGAUUUUCACCCAGCUGGGCAACCUCAAAGAACACUGGAGAAUUCACACUGGGGAAACCCCUUACGAGUGUCCAGACUGUGAGAAGAGCUUCACUCACUCCAGGAGCCUGAGAACCCACCAGCGCACUCACACAGGAGAGAAACCGUACCCCUGCAGCGAGUGUGAGAAGAGCUUCGGACAACUGGAGCACCUCCAGAACCACCGCCGAGUCCACACCGGAGAGAAACCGUUCUGCUGCUCGGAGUGCGGGAAGAGCUUCAGUCAGCUGGAGAAUCUGAAGACGCAUCAGCGCAUUCACACAGGAGAGAAGCCGUUCCAGUGCAGCGAUUGCAGGAAGAGCUUCAGUCAGCUGGAGAAUCUGAAGACGCAUCAGCGCACUCACACAGGAGAGAAGCUGUUUCAGUGCAGCGAUUGCAGGAAGAGCUUCAGUCAGCUGGAGAAUCUGAAGACACAUCAGCGCACUCACACAGGAGAGAAGCCGUUUCAGUGCGAGCAGUGUGGGAAGAGUUUCACACGAGCCGGGACCCUGACCAAGCACCGGAGACUUCACACAGGAGAGAAGCCGUAUCGCUGCGGUCACUGCGGGGGCAGAUUCACCUUCAACCAGCUCAAAGCUCAUAGGUGCCAACAGGAAACUGCGUUUCCUAUUGGCACCUAGGAAAAUGUUUUUUUUUUCUUGUACAUUUCUUUUCUUUUUUAUGGUGGUCCAGUGGUUAGAGAAAGGGGCUUGUUACCAGGAGGUUCCCAGUCCAAUCCCAGCUCAGCCACUGACUCACUGUAUAUGUGACCAUGAGCAAGUCCUUCGGAUGAGAUGUAAAAACCGAGGUCCUAUUGGAAGUGACUGUGCAUUAGUAAGACCUCACCUAAAAUAUUAUGUUCAGUUCUGGUCACCUUGUUACAAAUAGGAUAUUGCUGCUCUAGAAAGAGUGCAAAGAAGAGCAACCAGAAUUAUCCCGGGUUUAAAAGGCAUGUCGUAUGCAGACAGGCUAAAAGAAUUGAAUCUGUUCAGUCUUGAACAAAGAAGACUACGCGGUGAUCUGAUUCAAACAUUCAAAAUCCUAAAAGGUAUAGACAAUGUCGACCCAGGGGACUUUUUCGACCUGAAAAAAGAAACAAGGACCAGGGGUCACAAAUGGAGAUUAGAUAAAGGGGCAUUCAGAACAGAAAAUAGGAGGCACUUUUUUACACAGAGAAUUGUGAGGGUCUGGAACCAACUCCCCAGUAAUGUUGUUGAAGCUGACACCCUGGGAUCCUUCAAGAAGCUGCUUGAUGAGAUUCUGGGAUCAAUAAGCUACUAACAACCAAACAAGCAAGAUGGGCUGAAUGGCCUCUUCUCGUUUGUAAACUUUCUUAUGUUUUUCUUAUGUUCUUAUGCAGCAGUAGCGGUUGUUGAUGAUGCACAGUUCACCCCCUCAUCUCUGUAAGUCGCUUUGGAUACAAAUCUGCUAAAUAACUCUUUAGUGUUCGCAGGUAUUUUUGUUUGCAAUCAUUCUUUUUGUUGUAUAAUGUUAAUACCAAGUUUCAUCACAAUGGGGUCGGCAGUUCUCCAGACAUGAGAAACAAUGUAAAGUGCACUGUGUGGUUUUUUAUUUGUUUUUAUUACUCAAGCACUGCAGGGUUGGAAGCAUCAUAAGUCAGGCUGGAGGUCAAUUCCUUUUUUUUCCAAUUCCUUUUUGAAAUCUCAAUUCCAAUUCCCUUUUACUCAAUUGCAACACAUCAUCGUUGAUCACAAUCAGCAGUAUUCUGUUAAAACAAGCUUCACAUUUUCGGCGGCAACAAAUGAAUUGAAGAACUCGCUGUUUGUUUGUCAAUUAAAUUGGCUUCAAAUGAAAGAAGCUGAACAAUCACAACAAUUAUUAUUAUAUCUCUAAAAUACAAAUUCCAAUUCCUUUUGAAGGAAUUGAUUUUAAAAAGGAAUUGAAAAAUAGGAAUUGACUUCAACCCUGAGCACCCUGCUUCCUGAUUUGAAACAGCAAGUACGGAGGCAGAGGAAUAUGAAUAUCGAUUUUUGCAACAACAUUUCAGGCGUGUUUGUUUGAAUGUGUAUCUAGGCACUAAUAAUUUUAAAAAAAUUAAUAAAAAUGAAACAUUUGACUUUGGACUCGAAGCUGGGUGGGUGAGAUAAUUGUAUCGCUGUUGUUCCUAAGGGCGGCACGGUGGCGUAGUGGUUAGUGCUGCUGCCUCACAGCGUCAGGGUCCUAGGUUCAAAUCCGGCCUAGGGUACUGUCUGUGUGCAGUUUGCAUGUUCUCCCCAUGUUCGCGUGGGUUUUCUCCGGUGCUCCGGUUUCCUCCCACAGUCCAAAGACAUGCUGUCCUGGUUGAUUGGUCACUCUAAAUUGCCCUCUGUGUGAGUGUGUGUGUGUGUGUGGUGCCCUGUGAUGAUCUGGCGUCCCGUCCAGGGUGUAGUCUCUCCUUGCGCCCUGUGUAUGCCGGGUAGGCUCCGGCUCACCGCGACCCUGUAAAGGAGUAAGCGGUUAAUGAUAAAGGAUGGAUGUUGUUCCUAAUACACUGUUGUGUGUUUCUUUGAGGAGUCUGUGUUAAACUCUACAGCUCUGGCCUCACGUUUAGCAUCAUCACCCUAUAGAAUGAACUCAUUUAGCUUUAUAAAGUCAAAUGAAACCUACUAAUUAAUGUCACAUUAACAUAUUGAAUUACACUACUGUGCUACUAUUGUGGCUUCCGGUAGACACUUUUUUUUUGCGAUAUCAUUUUGUAGUUUCUUUGAUUACAUGAUGUUAAAUAAAAUAUCAAAAUUA